AUUAACCCUCGCCAAUACCCUGAUCUUGGGAUUCAGGAACAGCCGUCGUCACUUCACCCCAUUGAUACCGUCUCACGCUUGGACCGCUUCUCAAUUGGGCCCCGCUGACACAGCAUCGUCACAUUGCCUAAUACACUCACCGCCCCCCGCGGAUCCUCGAUGACUUCAGUACUCCAUUACCGUGAUCCUAUCGCAUACCGGAGCGACUUCAUGAGCACCUCCAGCUACCAGUCUCCCCACAUGAUGGAUGACCACAAGAAGGCCCUCUCUUACGAUGGGCACUCUUCCGAGAGCGAGUCGCGGAAGACCAUGUCUGGCGGCAAGAAGCGCCCCUCAAGAGCAGGAACCCGCAGCGUCACAACCCUCACCGCCGCCCAGCUGGAGAGGAAGCGCGCCAACGACCGGGAAGCACAACGAGCCAUUCGCCAGAGGACCAAAGACCACAUUGAGAGCCUAGAACGCCAAGUUCGCGACCUUCAAACCCAACUGGAAAACACCUCUUCCUCCAAAAUGAUCGAUGUCAUGCGCCGCAACGAAGAGCUGGAGCAGGAGAACGCUAUGCUCCGUGCACGCAUGGGACACGCGCCCUCCACACUGGGCGUCCCCGAACACAACACAGGCGCUCCCUCGCCCAGUGACCGCAUUCAGAUGCUCAGCCAGCCUCGCAGAUCUUCCACUGGAACAGCAAGAAGUGUCCACUCGGUUUCUGAAAUCGCAACGCCAGCCUCCCAGGCGACCCACUGGCAGACACAACACUCAUAUGCUCACCACGUUUCUUCGCCGCAUGGUGACGCACCAGCGCCCAUGGACGUGUCAACCCCACACCACGAUGCGCGCUGGAGCCCUCAUCCUUCAUCGCACCCCCAGCAUCACGGAGUUUCCAUGGCAGAUCACCCCUCAGUUCACGCUGUUGAGCCUUACCCCAGCUCCUACAGCAUGGAGAGCAACGCGCGCGCCAUGUCUUAUCCUCUCGACAGUGCGCCCCUCGUCACUUCACAGCCGAUGCAAAUGACGGGCUAUGGCACCCCAACUUCGCACCCUUCGCCACAUGCGUCUGAGUACCAGCGACACAUGAGCGUUCCCAUGAACCACCAGGUGCCGCCCCAGCCUCAACACCCCCACGCGCACACACAGCAGCAGACUUCAGCACCAUAUCCAUCAUAUGCUCACCCAGGCUACGCACCACAAGUCAGCCAUCCCGGCGAGAUGCCCAUGAUGGCGCAUGCUCCGCACUCGCACCCACAGCCGCAGCCGCAAAUGAUGGGCGAGCCAGGCCAGCACAUCAUGUAUAUGCAGCCCAAUAUGAAAGUCGAGCACUGAGCAGUCGUCAUAGAAUUCUCCGUGAACAGACCCCAAUUGCAGGGAUACCGAAGUCGGACGUAGACACUGAUUCGAACUUCGCGCUCGCGGCUCGCCUACCCAAACCAGGGUGUUGGAAUCUAUACGGCAGCGGCACG